AUGAAUUUGAAUUUCCCACCUGGCUAUGUGUUUGCACCUACUGAUGAACAACUAAUUGUCCAUUUUCUUCAAAAGAAAGUUAAUGGAGAAUUUGUAAAUAUUCCAAUGAUCAAACAUGAUAAUAUUUACCUAUACAACCCAUGGCAACUCAUCGAAAAAUAUCCUUUGCAGAGGUAUGAUAAGGGUUGUUUAUACUUUUUUACUCCGCUAUACAAAUUAUCAGAAGGUGGAAACAAACGACCUUCUCGGUCAGCUGGAGAUGGACAUUACAGAACUUCAAGAUCAUAUCCAAUAAUUUCCUCCCAAGGCAACCAAAUUGGCUACACAACUCACCUAAAGUUUUAUAUGGGAAAACCCUCUAACAAGGAUAAUGAAGCUAAUAAGACAAAUUGGCUCCUAACAGAGUAUAGAUUGACCAAAGAAGGAAAUCAUAACAAAAACAUCAAGACGCUUGAUGAGUGUGUUAUGUAUAAAUUAUACUAUAAUGGAGAUCUUAAAAAAGAAGCACAUUAUCAACACAUUGCAAAGAGAAGAAAGAUUACUACUACUGCUACAACAGAAGAAGAAGAGAAAGGAGAAGAAUUACUACAAUCGAAUCAAUGUGAUGAAACCAAUAACAAACACAACAUGGAUGAAGUAUAUAUUCCAAGCCCUCCUUUGUCACAGCAACAACAACAACAAGUGCCGCAAACCAAUGAUAAUGCAUAUAGUAGUGUAAGUCAAAUUGAUCAAUCAGUAGAAGAAUGGGAAAACGAGAUGGGCAUUACUCUAGAUGAUGAUACCCUAACUGAACAAGACUAUGCACCUAUUAUUAGUCUUCCUCCACCACAACAACAACACCCACAGAUUUAUCAAUAA